GUAUUUAAUUGAGACAGACCAAAGAUGUCUUGGCAUAGUGGCGCAACUAAUUACAUAGCUCGCUCGCAUCUGAAAUUUCCGCAUAAUGAAAUUAUGUGAAAAAGUGAAGACUUCCAAUUCCAAUUAAUUUUACUAUUACUUAUGACUAAGGAAAGUGAAACGAUAUUAUAGCUUCCAAUCAAGUAUUCAACUAUUCGCAAUUUGUGAGACAAAACACUACGUGAUAAUGUCUAUCAUUAUGAAUAAAUGUGGAUACAUAUGGUACAAUUUUGUUAGAAAGUGAAAAUAAGGAAUGUCUGCAUUAGCGAGAUUUAUAGUUGGUGUCACAUCUUCAAUCGCUCCAAGGGACAAAGACUCUACCAUUUCAUCAAAGCGGGGAUUUAGUAACAGCAACAUCACUGUCAACACCUCCAACUGUUAUUCUACUAGUGCAGAUACAGCUUGUAACACAGAGCUCAAUGGUCCAAUCCGUAGCCGUAGAAAUUCAAAACUGAAAAUCGAUACGGAAAGAGGAAAAAGCUCAUGCAGUCCAGCUUUACUUGAAUUCAGCUUCGAUAGCGGCAUAGGUAUGGGCUCCAGCAGCUUUACUGGUAAUGUUUCAGUAGUGGAUGAAAAAUUAACCUCUAAAACAGAAAAUAUUGAAACACUUAAGAGUGGCACUGAUAUUCUCGGUACAGAUAGCGUGAGCGGCAAUGAUGCCGUUGACUUUCAUGAUAAACUUGCCAAUUUCGUUAGCAUCGACAAUGGCAUCAUCAAAUAUUCUACAGAAGAAAUAAGUUGGAAAUUGAGGUACGAACGGCUGCAACAGUGUCGUCUCAUCCUAUUCGCGUUAGAUCGACAGCAAACCCAAUACCGACAGUUGCGCGAACGUCUCAGUAAAAUUGGUGAAGGACGAAUUGCUAAAAAGGAACCUGUGAUUGAUAACAUUUGCAAUGUUUGCUCCUGUCCAAUCAAUAUAAUUGAUUCUAAAAGCUUUAUUACGUGCUUCGUAUGCAACAAAAGAAUAUGUCACGCUACCAAAUGCUCAAAUUUCGUUCCAAAAUCUGGUCGGCGGGAGUGUCAAAUAUGCCAUCUCUCAAAGGACUCGCUUACACAUACACAAUCUUGGAUAACAGAACAAAUGUUCUUCAGCCGCCAAAACCAUUCGUAUCCAGUGCGAGCACGAAGUGAAAUUUACAUACCGAUAAAAGAUUAUAAUGAAGGUUCCAUAAAUUUCGAAAGCGUAAGCCAAGUAGGAGCAAGUUCCUUUGCUAUUACUGCAGAUCAAAAAACGAAAAUACGCGAAUACGUGGAGGAAGUGGUGGCUAAGCUGUUGGGCAAUUCGCUAGACCAAAUACGGGUCACUCAAUUAUCAAAAAGUGAAAAUCAUCUUCCUGGCAUCCUGAAUAAUCAUGUAAUUCAUCCACACCCCGUGGGCUUGAAUGACAAUCAAACCAAAGAGAACAUCCUAACUGAAUUUUCCGAAAUUUCACAAGCAAGACUUCGAAAUAUGGUUGAAUCAAUAAUAGCGGAAAUGCUGGGAACGUCACGUCUGACGAAUGUUAACGUAUCUGAACCAGAACUCAAUACAAAUACGUAUGGAAAUGGUCAUUCACAACUUUCUCAUCGUCAUCGUACUGAACAUCCUUUUGAACCAAAGGCCUAUCAGGACUUCCUGGCCAAGGCAGUGUUAAAUAAGAUCGCUGACAAUGAAGGGUAUAUCCGUAAAUUAUCGGAAAGUACACCCGAUCUAAGCUCAUGCAACAUUGACAUCAACUUCAAUAUGGACGAUAGAAGCAAUUCACCUGAAAGUUCAUUAGAGACUUCAAGUCCUUUCAACUAUGCAGAUGCACAGCAUUCAUCAAAAAUCAUCAAAGAUUUAGAUCGCGAAUCAACAAUAAACGAUUACAUAGCCUCUCACACAGUACCGCUACCCGAUUUGUCAGCUGCAAUGACAGAUUAUGAGGAGGAUGAUAUGGCAUCCGUAUCUUCGAGUAUUCUUGUCGAAGGCAAUUGGGAAGAUAAUUGGCUUUUUAGGAAGAAGGGUCCUUCAUUAACUACCUCCAUAACUGGCAGUGUAGGUAUGCUAGUACCUGCACCUAAAGAUGAUGUUCGUGCUCAAAUUGGAGAUAAAACUACCGAUGAAAUCAGUGACCUCUCUGAAAUUGAUUCAGAUACGGAUGAUUCAGUACAAAUAUGUGCAGGCUUAGAUCCGUACAAUGAUCGAAUUAUAAAUAAACACCUAAUUGGUGGUCAGAAUACAAAAGUGAUUUUAGACGAAUUGAUUGAAACAGCUAGUUUGAUAUCAAAUACAUCACAUUCACCAAAUGAAGCCAAUUAUAUUGAUACUAGAAACGAUCAUAUUGUGGAAAAGUCGUUCAAAACUGAAGCGUUUAAUUCAAAAGUUGCUAAUCAUUCGCCCCUAGAACUUAAAAUUAGUUCAAAAUCGAUGCCAACGAAUUGUUAUGAAGCUCAUACGGCGCAUGAACCUGAAAAUAAUCCAAUAUCAGCUCCAUUUCAAGCUACUGAAAGCAUUGAAGUCGACGAAAGUUGUACAGGAUUUAGCUCAGUCGAAAUAUUUGAAGAACCCGUUUUAAGUCACGACACUAGGUCAAUUUGUCAAGGAACAUCCGUUAUUGAAAUUCUCGCUGCAAUUACUUUAGCACCGUUGUUGGCUGUUCCUGCUUCAGAACAACCAUCUAUUCAAGCACCCUUUGAAAUGAAUACAAUCAAAGAGUUAAGUGAUUUAGCUUUGGCAGAAAUAAAAUUACGUAUACCUGAAUUGAGCCACCACUCACUUGAUAUCAUAGAUGAGGAAGAAGAAUCUAAAGUUAUAAACUCGUUAGAAAUAGACGAAAGUUGUUCAGAAAAGUGCGUUCCAUUAUCAGAUAUUAAGGAAAAUACGAAUUCACCAUUGAUUCCAAAUGCAAUCACAAAUUUAGCAGAUGAAAAUGAUUUACACGAUCUGCCGAAUAAAAUUUGUGCAGAGACACAUUCGCCGGAUAUAGUACUGUUACCAUCGUCGUUGGAAAGAACUUCGUUCGAAGGUUCCAAUAGAUCGAAUAUAACACAACUCCCCGAACUUAAAACAUAUUCCAUUGAAGAGCCUUCAAAUGUAAUUUUAUUGCAUUCAGAAGCGGAAACUCAACUGUCCUCAAAACCAAUCAUACGAUGUAGCUCUCAUGAAGAACCAUCUGAAACCAUCUAUCCUUUAGAAAAAGAGAUACCUAAAAUCUGCACGGAAGCCGUUAUCGGUGAUGUUAAAUAUACAAAAGGUAUAUUGUCUUCCGAAACCACUCAAACUUUUGAAUUUGAGAAACAAGUACAUUACAACGAAACUAGGGAUGAGCCUAAAAGCCAGACACCAGAAGAUAACAGUAUCGAUACAGAAGCAGUAAAAUUAAUUGAAAGCGAAAACGAAAAAACAAGUAAUGAACCAAAAAUAGAGUGUAUUAUAAAUGCAAAAAGUACAAAUGAAAACCAGUACACAGAUGAACGCAAUAACGAAGCAGAAACUAAAGAAUCCUCUGGAACACCAUAUACCUCCGCACCUCAGAAACAAGAAUCUAUCAGUGAGUCAGAUGGAGAGUGUAUUUUGGUCACAGAAGCAGAAGAAUCCUCUGUAACAGACAAUGGAACAAAAAAUCGUUGUACUGAACCAGAAGUAGAAACUGUUAUGGAUAUAGAAUGUGAAAAUCCAUCACCCUUCACCGACCAAGUGGAAAAGUGUGCUAUUGAGAAAGAGGUUUCGGAAUCUUUACAAACGUCGCACACUUUAGCAACUGAGAAACAACAAUCAGUCUAUCAGUUACCAGGAGAUAAAAAAAUUGAUACAGAAGUGGUAGAAUUAUCAGAAAUCGAAAAACAAAUAGCACGUAAUGAACCAGAAGUAGAGUGUGCUAAAGAUGCACAAAGUGAAAAUGAAACAUCGUACAUUGAUCAUAAGAAUGAACAUAAUAAUGAAGUAGAAACUCAAGAAUCCUCUGAAACACCUUACACCCCCCUAAAGGAGAAACAAGAAACUAUUAGUGAGUCAACAGGAGUAUGUAGUAUGGAUACACAAACGGUAGAAUGCUCUGUAACAGACAGUGGAACACAAAAUCCCUGUACUGAAUCAGAAGUGGAAACUGUUAUCGGUACAGAAUGUGAAAAUCCAACGCCCUUCACCCAUCAAGUAGAAAAGUGUGCCAUUGAGAAAGAGGUUUCGGAAUCUUCACAAACGUCAUACAUUUUAGCAACUGAGAAACAACAAUCAGCUUGUGAGUUACCAGGAGAUAAAAAUGUGGACACAGAAGCGGUAGAAUUAUCAGAACGCGAAAAACAAGUAGAAUGUAAUGAACCAGAAAUAGAGUGUGCUAAAGAUGCACAAAGUGAAAAUGAAAUAGCGCACAUUGACCAUAAGAACGAACAUGAUAAUGAAGCGGAAACUGAAGAAUCCUCUGAAAUACCUGAUAGCCCCAUACCUGAGACACAAGUACUUAUUAGUGAGUCAACAGGAGAAUGUAUUAUGGAUACACAAGCGGUUGAAUGCUCUGUAACAGAUAAUGGAACACAAAAUCCCUGUACUGAACCAGAAGUAGAAACGGUUAUGUAUGAGUUACCAGGAGAUAAAAAUAUGGAUACAGAAGUGGUAGAAUUAUCAGAAAGCGAAAAACAAAUAGCAUUUAACGAACCAGAAAUAGACAGUUCUAAAGAUGCACAGAGUGAAAUUGAAAUGUCGUACAUUGAUCAUAAGAAUGAACAUGAUAAUGAAAAAGAAACUGAAGAUUCGUCUGAAACACCAUAUACCCCCAUACCGGAGAAACAAGAACCUAUUAGUGAGUCAACAGGCGAAUGUAUUAUGGAUACACAAACGGUAGAAUUCUCUGUAACAGACAAUGGAACUCAAAAUCCCUGUACUGAACCAGAAGUAGAAACUGUUCUUGGUACAGAAUGUGAAAAUCCAACGCCCUUCACCCAUCAAGUAGAAAAGUGUGUCAUUGAGAAAGAGGUUUCGGAAUCUUCACAAACGUCAUAUAUUUUAGCAACUGAGAAACAACAAUCAGUCUGUGAGUUACUAGGAGAGAAAAAUAUGGAUACAGAAGUGGUAGAAUUAUCAGAACGCGAAAAACAAGUAGCAAGUAAUAAACCAGAAUCAGAGUGUGCUAAAGAUGCACAAAGUGAAGAUGAAAUAUCGCACGUUGAUCAUAAGAAUGAACAUGAUAAUGAUGUAGAAAAUGAAGAAUCCUCUGAAACACCAGAUACCUCCAUACCUGAGGCAGAAGAACCUAUUAGUGAGUCAACAGGAGAAUGCAUUAUGGAUACACAAGCAGUAGAAUUCUCUGUAGCAGAUAAUGGAACACAAAAUCUCUGUACUGAACCAGAAUUAGAAACUGUUAUGGGUAAAGAAUGUGAAAAUCCAACGCCCUUCACCCAUCACGUAGAAAAGUGCGCCAUUGAGAAAGUGGUUUCGGAAACGUCAUACAUUUUAGCAACUGAGAAACAACAAUCAGUCUGUGAGUUACCAGCAGAUAAAAAUGUGGAUACAGAAGCAGUAGAAUUAUCAGAACGCGAAAAACAAGUAGCAAGUAAUAAACCAGAAACAGACUGUUCUAAAGAUGCACAAAGUGAAAUUGAAAUGUCGUACAUUGAUCAUAAGAAUGAACAUGAUAAUGAAGAAGAAACUGAAGAUUCGUCUGAAACACCUUAUACCCCUAUACCGGAGAAGCAAGAACCUAUUAGUGAGUCAACAGGAGAAUGCAUUAUGGAUACGCAAACGGUAGAAUUCUCUGUAACAGACAAUGGAACUCAAAAUCCCUGUAGUGAAAAAGAAGAAACUGUUAUGGGUACAGAAUGUGAAAAUCCAACGCCCUUCACCCAUCAAGUAGAAAAGUGUGUCAUUGAGAAAGAGGUUUCGGAAUCUUCACAAACGUCAUAUAUUUUAGCAACUGAGAAACAACAAUCAGUCUGUGAGUUACCAGGAGAUAAAAAUAUGGAUAAUGAACCAGAAAUAGAGUGUGCUAAAGAUGUACAAAGUGAAAAUGAAAUAUCGCACAUUGAUCAUAAGAAUGAACAUGAUAAUGAAGCGGAAACUGAAGAAUCCUCUGAAACACCUGAUAGCCCCAUACCUGAGACACAAGUACUUAUUAGUGAGUCAAUAGGAGAAUGUGUUAUGGAUACGCAAGCAGUAGAAUCCUCUGUAACAGACAAUGGAACACAAAAUCCCUGUAGUGAAAAAGAAGAAACUGUUAUGGGUACAGAAUGUGAAAAUCCAACGCCCUUCACCCAUCAAGUAGAAAAGUGUGUCAUUGAGAAAGAGGUUUCGGAAUCUUCACAAACGUCAUAUAUUUUAGCAACUGAGAAACAACAAUCAGUCUGUGAGUUACCAGGAGAUAAAAAUAUGGAUAAUGAACCAGAAAUAGAGUGUGCUAAAGAUGUACAAAGUGAAAAUGAAAUAUCGCACAUUGAUCAUAAGAAUGAACAUGAUAAUGAAGCGGAAACUGAAGAAUCCUCUGAAACACCUGAUAGCCCCAUACCUGAGACACAAGUACUUAUUAGUGAGUCAAUAGGAGAAUGUGUUAUGGAUACGCAAGCAGUAGAAUCCUCUGUAACAGACAAUGGAACACAAAAUCCCUGUAGUGAAAAAGAAGAAACUGUUAUGGGUACAGAAUGUGAAAAUCCAACGCCCUUCACCCAUCAAGAAGAAAAGUGUGUCAUUGAGAAAGAGGUUUCGGAGUCUUCACAAACGUCAUAUAUUUUCGCAACUGAGAAACAACAAUCAGUCUGUGACUUACCAGGAGAUAAAAAUAUGAAUACAGAAGUGGUAGAAUUUUCAGAAAGCGAAAAACAAGUAGCAUGUAAUGAACCAGAAAUAGAGUGUGCUAAAGAUGCACAAAGUGAAAAUGAAAUAUCGCACAUUGAUCAUAAGAAUGAACAUGAUAAUGAAGCGGAAACUGAAGAUUCGUCUGAAACACCUUAUACCCCCAUACCUGAGACACAAGUACUUAUUAGUGAGUCAACAGACGAAUGUAUUAUGGAUACGCAAACGGUAGAAUUCCCUGUAACAGACAAUGGAACUCAAAAUCCCUGUACUGAACCAGAAGUAGAAACUGUUCUUGGUACAGAAUGUGAAAAUCCAACGCCCUUCACCCAUCACGUAGAAAAGUGUGUCAUUGAGAAAGAGGUUUCGGAAUCUUCACAAACGUCAUACAUUUCAGCAACUGAUAAACAACAAUCAGUCUGUGAGUUACCAGGAGAGAAAAAUAUGGAUACAGAAGUGGUAGAAUUUUCAGAACGCGAAAAACAAGUAGCAAGUAAUAAACCAGAAAUAAAGUGUGCUAAAGAUGCACAAAGUGAAGAUGAAAUAUCGCACGUUGAUCAUAAGAAUGAACAUGAUAAUGAUGUAGAAAAUGAAGAAUCCUCUGAAACACCUGAUACCCCCAUACCUGAAACACAAGUACUUAUUAGUGAGUCAACAGGAGAUUGUGUUAUGGAUACGCAAGUAGUAGAAUUCUCUGUAACAGACAAUGGAACACAAAAUCCCUGUAGUGAAAAAGAAGAAACUGUUAUGGGUACAGAAUGUGAAAAUCCAACGCCCUUCACCCAUCACGUAGAAAAGUGUGUCAUUGAGAAAGAGGUUUCGGAAUCUUCACAAACGUCAUACAUUUCAGCAACUGAUAAACAACAAUCAGUCUGUGAGUUACCAGGAGAGAAAAAUAUGGAUACAGAAGUGGUAGAAUUUUCAGAACGCGAAAAACAAGUAGCAAGUAAUAAACCAGAAAUAAAGUGUGCUAAAGAUGCACAAAGUGAAGAUGAAAUAUCGCACGUUGAUCAUAAGAAUGAACAUGAUAAUGAUGUAGAAAAUGAAGAAUCCUCUGAAACACCUGAUACCCCCAUACCUGAAACACAAGUACUUAUUAGUGAGUCAACAGGAGAUUGUGUUAUGGAUACGCAAGUAGUAGAAUUCUCUGUAACAGACAAUGGAACACAAAAUCCCUGUAGUGAAAAAGAAGAAACUGUUAUGGGUACAGAAUGUGAAAAUCCAACGCCCUUCACCCAUCACGUAGAAAAGUGUGUCAUUGAGAAAGAGGUUUCGGAAUCUUCACAAACGUCAUACAUUUCAGCAACUGAUAAACAACAAUCAGUCUGUGAGUUACCAGGAGAGAAAAAUAUGGAUACAGAAGUGGUAGAAUUUUCAGAACGCGAAAAACAAGUAGCAAGUAAUAAACCAGAAAUAAAGUGUGCUAAAGAUGCACAAAGUGAAGAUGAAAUAUCGCACGUUGAUCAUAAGAAUGAACAUGAUAAUGAUGUAGAAAAUGAAGAAUCCUCUAAAACACCUGAUACCCCCAUACCUGAGACACAAGUACUUAUAAGUGAGUCAACAGGAGAAUGUGUUAUGGAUACGCAAACGGUAGAAUUCUCUGUAACAGACAAUGGAAUUCAAAAUCCCUGUACUGAACCAGAAGUAGAAACUGUUCUUGGUACAGAAUGUAAAAAUCCAACGCCCUUCACCCAUCACGUAGAAAAGUGUGUCAUUGAGAAAGAGAUUUCGGAAUCUUCACAAACGUCAUACAUUUUAGCAACUGAUAAACAACAAUCGGUCUGUGAGUUACCAGGAGAGAAAAAUAUGGAUACAGAAGCAGUAGAAUUAUCAGAACGCGAAAAACAAGUAGCAAGUAAUAAACCAGAAACAGACUGUUCUAAAGAUGCACAAAGUGAAAUUGAAAUGUCGUACAUUGAGCAUAAGAAUGAACAUGAUAAUGAAGAAGAAACUGAAGAUUCGUCUGAAACACCUUAUACCCCUAUACCGGAGAAUCAAGAACCUAUUAGUGAGUCAACAGGCGAAUGUAUUAUGGAUACGCAAACGGUACAAUUCCCUGUAACAGACAAUGGAACUCAAAAUCCCUGUACUGAACCAAAAGUAGAAACUGUUCUUGGUACAGAAUGUGAAAAUCCAACGCCCUUCACCCAUCAAGUAGAAAAGUGUGUCAUUGAGAAAGAGGUUUCGGAAUCUUCACAAACGUCAUACAUUUUAGCAACUGAGAAACAACAAUCAGUCUGUGAGUUACCAGGAGAUAAAAAUAUGGAUACAGAAGUGGUAGAAUUAUCAGAACGCGAAAAACAAGUAGCAAGUAAUAAACCAGAAAUAAAGUGUGCUAAAGAUGCACAAAGUGAAGAUGAAAUAUCGCACGUUGAUCAUAAGAAUGAACAUGAUAAUGAUGUAGAAAAUAAAGAAUCCUCUGAAACACCUUAUACCCCUAUACCGGAGAAUCAAGAACCUAUUAGUGAGUCAACAGGAGAAUGCAUUAUGGAUACGCAAACGGUAGAAUUCUCUGUAACAGACAAUGGAACUCAAAAUCCCUGUACUGAACCAGAAGUAGAAACUGUUCUUGGUACAGAAUGUAAAAAUCCAACGCCCUUCACCCAUCAAGUAGAAAAGUGUGUCAUUGAGAAAGAGGUUUCGGAAUCUUCCCAAACGUCAUACAUUUUAGCAACUGAGAAACAACAAUCAGUCUGUGAGUUACCAGGAGAGAAAAAUAUGGAUACAGAAGUGGUAGAAUUUUCAGAAAGCGAAAAACAAGUAGCAAGUAAUGAACCAGAAAUAGAGUGUGUUAAAGAUGCACAAAGUGAAAAUGAAAUAUCGCACGUUGAUCAUAAGAAUGAACAUGAUAAUGAUGUAGAAAAUGAAGAAUCCUCUAAAACACGUGAUACCCCCAUACCUGAGACACAAGUACUUAUUAGUGAGUCAACAGGAGAAUGUGUUAUGGAUACGCAAACGGUAGAAUUCUCUGUAACAGACAAUGGAACUCAAAAUCCCUGUACUGAAUCAGAAGUGGAAACUGUUAUCGGUACAGAAUGUGAAAAUCCAACGCCCUUCACCCAUCACGUAGAAAAGUGCACCAUUGAGAAAGAGGUUUCGGAAUCUUCACAAACGUCAUACAUUUUAGCAACUGAGAAACAACAAUCAGUCUGUAAGUUACCAGGAGAUAAAAAUGUGGAUACAGAAGCGGAAGAAUUAUCAGAACGCGAAAAACAAGUAGAAUGUAAUGAACCAGAAAUAGAGUGUGCUAAAGAUGCACAAAGUGAAAAUGAAAUAUCGCACGUUGAUCAUAAGAAUGAACAUGAUAACGAAGUAGAAACUGAAGAAUCCUCUGAAACACCUGAUACUCUCAUACCGGAUAAACAAAAACCUAUUAGUGAGUUAACAGGAGAAUGUAUCAGGAAUGCGCAAACAGUAGAAUUUUCUGUAAAAGGUAAUGGAAAACAAAAUCCCUGUACUGAACCAGAAGUAGAAACUGUUAAGGUUACAGAAUGUGAAAAUUCAUCGCCGUUUAAAUAUCAAAAAGAAAAGUGUUCCACUGAGAAAAAGGUUAUAGAAUCAUAUACUUUCGCAACUGACAAACAAGAGGCAGUCUGUGAUUCGCCUGGAGAUAAAAUUAUGGAUACAGAGUCAGUAGAAUUAACAGAAAUUGAGAAACUAAAACCAAAAGGAGAGUGUGCUAUAGAUGCACAAAGGGAAAUAGAAAUACCAUACAUUGAGCAAAAGGAUGAACGUGGUAAUGAAGCAGAAACUCAAGAAUCCUCUGAAACACCAUACAUCCCCUUACCUCAGAAACAAGAAAUUAUCAGUGAGUCGAAAGAAGAUAAAAUCACCGAAACAGCAGCAGUAGAAUUCUUUAAAUUAGAAAGUGUAAAACAAAAACCCUGCAAUGAACCCGGAAAAGAAGUUCGGACACUCUUCAAUGGGCGAAAAGAAGAGUGCACCAAUGGGACAGAGACCCAUAAGUCUUCCGAUCCACUAUGCAUAUCUGCAGUUGAUAUGCAAGAAAACAGCAGUGGGCCAAACGGAGACAAUGUUAUAAAUACAGGAUGUGAAUUUAGAAUGCCAUUCAGAGGGCAGAAAGAGGAAAGUGCCAAUGAUAAUCACAUCAGUGUGUCAAAAGAAGGUGGUGUAAGAGAUACAUUAGAAGAUAACAAAACUGAAGACCAAGAAUUUUCUAAAUCAUCGUACUCUUGCGAACAUAAAAAAAAUGAGUCCAGUAGUGAUGUAAAGGACGCAGAAGUGGUAGAACUAUAUGCGUCAGAAAGUGAAAAGCAGAAACCACGCAAAAUAUUAGAAGGAAGGGAUAUAACUGCACGAAUUUCAGAAAAAGAAGAACAAAAAUCUGACAGUGAAAUAAUAAAAGAAUAUGGCCAUAAUAUGGAAAGCGCACGGUUACCUCCACAGCAGGGGAAUCCCCCUUGUGAAACAAAAAAAUUCAGUAAUGCAGAUGUGCUAGAAUCCUCAGAAACGCUACAAAGCUACGAAAGCUCAAUAGCAGAGCGUGAAUAUAAGAAAUGGAACAAUGCGGUUGAAAUGCCAAAUAAUCCAUAUACUCCGGACGCUUUAAAACGUAGGAUUUGUGGCAGCCAGGAGCGUUUUAUAGAUUUACCAAAUAUAAGCUCAAGCACGAAUAAAAGUGUAAUAACUGUAAAAGCAGAAGACGAUGGAGAGAACGAAAGCACUAGUAAUAUUGGUUACAAGAGAUAUAGCCGUGAUUACUAUAUAAACGCUGACAAUCCUCCAAAGGUCAGUCCUAAUCAUCAAAAUCACCGAAAUGAUAAACGCAAACGACUUAGUUCCGGAUGCAGUGAUGAGCUCAUAGAAGAUACGUUCACCAAAGAGAGUAUAAGUCAAGGCAACGAAAUAAUUGCAAAAGAAACCCCUGUUGUUAUCCACCCAACGGUAUACCUCGCACUUCCCGCACAAGUGGUGGAAGAAAGCGCCUCCUUUGAAACGCUGUCAAAUCAGUCUAUGAAUUCGGUAAAUACUACAACCAGUGACGAUUCGGACACAAUACGUAUUUAUGAUUUCAAGAAACAGACAACAGUCAUCGUCCACAAUGAUGAUAAACCGUCGACGACAGAUAUAACCAUGACAACUUCAGAUUCUGUCGAGCCUUUUCCAGCGACAACCGAAUGCGCAUUAACAAAAGAUGCGCUGGCGAAAUCUAAAAAAAUUGAUGAAUAUAAAGAGUUAUAUCCUAGAGAGAUAUUGUUAGAAGCGAAACCCGCUGAAACUUGUGUAUCAACCCUGGCUCCAGGCCCCACCCCGAAGGCAUUCAAAUUUCUACAGCCGAAACGAAGAUUAAUAGAUCCCAGCCAGGUGUUGCCAUUAGAGGAGGAAGCGCAUGGGCUCUCUGUUGGCGAAAAGGCGGUCGUUGAGGAGGAGGUGGCACAAGUUAUGCCUUCUGUAAAAGCUUUGGCGCAGGCGUUUCUUCUGAGUUCAAAUAAAUGUUCUCAAGCCGAAAAGCGAUGGAAAAAAGGGAUCCAAAAGCGGCCUUCUACAGCUGUUAAACUCAACAACCCGCCGACAGCACAGACGGAAAAUAUGGUAACAGCUCCGGAAAUGACAGAAGACGCUACUAUUGCAUCAGAUUUAUCGUCACUAGAAACCGAUCCUUCAGCAAAUAUGGAUAUUUUAACCAACAAAACGAAAACAUCUUCUCCAGAGCGCACCGCUUACUAUGAGGAUAAUAACAAUAAAAGUACCACAAAUAUGUUACGCCGUGUUAGUAUGCUGAAAAGUAAUAUUGCUUUCUUUGAGAAUUUAAAGUUUAAGUAAACAUUGCUCUUAAGUCUAAAACACCUGAAGUUUCACAGCUGGUUGGAAUCUAUUUUGCGAAACUAAAUAUGUUUGCCAAUUUCUGCUACACAUCGUUAUAUUGUAUGUAGAUAUGUUUUACGUCUGUACAUACAUAUGUAUGUAUAUAACACGUAUUUCUAUAUUCAGUCAUACAAAUAAGUAUAUUGAUAAAUCCGUGCCAUUGAAUCAGUUUCUGUUUCUGAUUAGUUCUUGUUGGUUACGAAUUGUCAAUUGAAAGUAUUAUUUAAGUUAUCGUAUUUAAAAUAAAUUUGCUUAUUGGUUUAAUAAUUAAGUGCAGUUAAAUAAUUAUACCAAAUAAAACUUAACUUAAUUCCGAAA